GUUAGCUAGAAUCAUGAGUGCUACAACCCAAAACAGGAUUAGUGUAAAUGAUUCUAUAUAACUACCUAUGUAUACAACAGCCCCAUACUAUCGAUUAUAAAUACACUCACUCUUUCUAGAAAGGAGGUAACAUUUGUAAGCAGGUCUUCGAAUAUAAAGCCGAAGCUGUUUUCGCAGAACUGAAAUGAACCAUUCAGCGGCAGCAACAUAGACUAACUCAAUAUCCCAUUGAUACGUUGGUAGGAAUUUAAGAAAUACGCCAUGACAACUCCAACACAUAACGGUCUUGUCAUAGUGGCUCCCCGAGCCCCCUAUGAAAUCCAUCAAUUCCCUACGAUCUCGCCAGUAGGCGACGAAGUCCGUGUCCACGUCAAGUGGACGGCUUCUACACCCCUAGACCUUCAUCAGGCAGACGGUGGGCUCUUGAUAGAAACGCCAUAUAGAACUGGAUCAACCUCAGCUGGCACUGUUGUCGAAGUUGGUCCUAAUGUAAAACACUUGCGAGUUGGUGAUAGAGUGAUUGGUUUUGCUCAUCAGCAACCGAAGUGGAAAAGUCAUCAGGAGUACGCCACUGCUCCUGAAUGGGUUUUUGGAAAGAUCCCCGAUAACUUCUCGAUGGAAGAGGCUGUUACGAUUCCAGAGAACUUCGUCACAGCUUUUAAUACCAUAUCCACUGACUUGGGACUCCCUACUCCGUGGCCGAAGCCCGAAGGCUACGUCCCACCUAGGGCUGAUGACUCCAUCUUGAUAUGGGGUGCUGCGUCCUCGGUAGGACAACUUACUAUCCAAGUACUGAAGUUCUAUGGUUACCGUCACUUGAUUGCGACCGCAUCGCCACGCCAUCACGAAUUCCUGAAGAAUUUAGGCGUCGAAGAAGCCUUUGACUAUAGAAGUCCAACAAUAGUAGAUGACUUACUGAAGGCAUAUAAGAAAGGGGAUUCCCCGGCUUUUCCACUGAUAGUCGACUGCAUCGGCUCACAAGAUGGAUCGGUUGGUCCAAUUUCCAAGAUCGCCCAGAGCGGUACGACUGUCGCGAUUAUGCUACCGGUCAUCUUGAAGCACGCAACGGAGACAGAAGUACCCGAGUACUCGAUGGAUGCAAGCACCAGCGCUCAGUGGGCAGAAGGCGUCAAUGUACGCGGCGUGCGAACGUUCUUUUACUGGAGAAACCCUCUCUUCAAGGAAAAACUACAACUAGAGAUUAUGCCUCAGAUGCUGGCUGCCGGCCACGUGGUACCGAAUCGCAUCCGCGUAGUUGAAGGACGUACCCUGCUGGAGAGGGCUACCAAGGCGUUGGAAUUACUUCGAACGGGAGGGGUGAGCGGAGAGAAGCUCGUCUGGAGAGUUUCGGAGGAAUGAAGGAUGAAUGCGGUUCCUUACUACUCGGUUCUGGGCGAGUUUCGUUGUAACACCCGGACUGAUCACCUAUACUAAAUCUAGAGUACGGCUAUGAGUAUCUUAUUUCACAUUAGCGAAGGCGAUUACUACUGGGCAAG